AUGAAUGGCGAAGACCCCAAAUCCAUGAUCAAAGAACCAAAGGACAAUGUGUUCGGCGUUGUGAGUCAAGCUGGUGCCUUCACAAUGGCCAGUGACAAGGAGCCUUCCCCAACGUUAAGCGGCAGUGUACAGCGAAUGGCCGAAGAACGCGCUGCUAAAGAAGCCGCUAGAGCGAGCAUGGGACGUACAAGUUCUGCUGGAACUUCUGGCGUUAGUACGAGCCUUCCUGGAGCCGUCUUGGCAAGGAGCCAACAAAGACAGCAGAAUGCCAAGGAAGCGCGCGCGGCAGCUAGAGGAAUGGAAAAUGAGACCAAGCUUGCUCUUACAGCAAACACAACUACGCCGGUUCUCAAAAGAUCUGAGGAAGACCAGGCAACUGCUGGUGUCGAUACAACUACCAGUGACAAGGAGCCUUCCCCAAGGUUAAGCGGUAGUGUACAGCAAAUGGCUGAAGAACGUGCCGCUGCAAUCGGUAUUGCUAGUGCUUCAGUUGCCACCUCCACUGUUCCAAGCAAAGCUGUUCAGUUGGGACUAAAGGGAACCGAAGAAGCAAAGGCUGCCAAUCAGGCUGCCAAUGCGAGUUGUUCUUGGGUCGACAAGGCCACUAUUCAUGCUGAUGUCGAUGCUACUACUGCUCAGAGUUAUCAGCUCUCCCCACAGAAAGAUCCAUUGCCAGAAGAGGCGCCCUUGAUGACUAUGAACCGAGAAGCACAAGAAGCGUCAUCCUCAGCAGACACUGGCCUGAACCUGGUGGAAGCUACACUGGUUGUGGAAGAAAUGGUGGAGGCGACUGUAGCUACACCUAUGGAAUUUCAUGAAGAUGAGGUCAUGAAGAUUCGAGAGCAGUCGGCCGAGGAGACAGCUCGUAUCAGGAUGUGGCGGAUUGUUGUUUCGAUUGCGCUCCUGGUGACUGCUAUUGCGGUCACCACCUCCACCUAUUUCCUGCUUGUGGAACGAGAGGAUCAAACCUUCCGCACAGUCUACGCUCAGUUUUCCACCACAGUCGCAGAUGCUGCUGUUGAGUUCCAGUCUACUCUUCGACGCUCUCUACGCAGCUUUGCUGACAAUGUCGCAACACAAGCUGAGACGGCAGGCCAGGGGACUAGCCCUUGGCCCUUCUACAUUGUGAACAGGUGGGAAAACAUGGCGCAUGUUUGUCAAGCAAGCUCACAUGGAAGCCUACGGGAACUUGGACUUCCUCAACAAUGA